CUUCUCCCAUUUCUCCCUCCUGAACAUGCGCAACAGGCAGUAACAGCAAUGGAGCGAGCAAAACAGAUCUCUGCUCAAGAAGUGGGUCAGCUAAUGCAGUCGAAUGCUCACUCACAACAAAUGGCAGCGAUGAUGCCUGCAAUAGCCGGGAUACCGGGUGCACUGGGUAUGCCACCUGUGGGUUUCCAACAAGCCCUCGCCGCUGCAGCCAUGGGAGCGGCUCAUCGAGUACCUGAAGCCAGCUCUUCGACCGCUCCCCCGGAUAGACAUGAUCAGCCAAGCAGACAGUCGAGUUCACGUCCACGCUCCAUUUCCCCCAAUGGUUCGACAUCUAAGCGGAUGAAGGUGGACGAAGAUGCGGAUGGUGAAGGAGAACUAGAAAUUGACGUACAAAAUGAUGACGCCGGUGCUGCUGGACAUUCGAACGGUACUAGC